AGUGUCCAAUCUGAUGCGUGGCACCUGGGUAUCACAGUGUCGUCAAACAUUGUUAAUGCAGCAGCUUAAAUGCAAAUGGGAUUUCUGGAGGAUGGAUGUUGAUGAAAGUCUGGAAAGUCGGAUAACACCAUCUGAAGAUUGUUGGAUUUUAAUAUUCAACUUGUGUCAGAAAAGUGACAAAUUAUUGAAUUUGAUUACGAAGAUGCAAAAUAGUAUUGGAUAAUUGUACUUUUCCGUAAAUGAAUUAGGAUUUGUUGCUCUUAAUUCCUGCAGCGACAGAGAGAGGAGGAUUGAUAAAAUAUAUAAUACGGUGUCCAGUAAAUUAUCUGCCACGGAGUUCGAAGGACGGAUUUUCUACUCUGUUUGUAUGAUUUGCCCAUUGAGUACUAGCGGUGGAUAUGCUACCUAUAAUCAACCAAGUUUUUCUAUGCGAUUCCAUAUUCACAAUAUAUAACUUGUAAAAGUAAAUAAAACAUGACCACGGCAAUGGUUCGAUUUGCAACAAUAGCUGCCGAACUAAAUUCUACAAUUAUCGCCCAUGACUACAAACAUUUCUGUAAACCAGCUUUACCAUUCCCGAUGUUAAAUGUCACUUCCGGUGAUGACGUCACCAACCUUGCAAGGAAACUUGAUAAAAUAUCGGCAGCAAUCAAUCUUUAUUUUCCUCCGAUUUUAGUUGUUAUGGGAACUAUCUGUAACUGUAUUGUCAUCAAAGUCAUGCGCAGUAUGUACUUCCGGUUCCUGUCGACGUCUCUUUAUAUUGCCAUCAACGCAUUUAUUGAUAACUUCAGUUUACUGUUCCUGUUGACAGUACAUUGGAUUAAUGCCAAUUUCCCGUGGAUCAUAUACAGGGGAAUCAACGCCCAUUUCAUGUGCAAAGCAUUCAACUUCUUCGGGUGGACGAGUAGUGAUUUCGGAAUUCUAUUGACAGCCGCCAUGACACUUGAGAGAAGCCUUGCAAUCACUUUCCCAUUGAAAGCUCAGAAAUGGUGCAGCGUCUCUCGUGCUAAGCAUAUGUCAAUACUACUAUUGAUACUGGCUGUUCUCAAAGACGCUCACUUCCUGUUCACUUCCGGCUUAAUAUCGCAGAACCAACGGUACAAGCUGUGCGAAAUAUCUUCCAAAAAUAAAAACAUGGUCAUGUUUUGGCGUCUAAUUUGGCCGUGGAUUCAUCAUAGUUUUCUAUUUGUAAUGUUUACCGUGAUAAUCAUCAGUAAUAUCAUCAUUCUCCGACAUGUGAAGCUGUCUUAUAUCGUACAAAAGGCGGCCAAUGUUUACUACAGAACUGGAAGUAAAAAACUGGAAAGCAGGGCGCAUGCGUCAACAAAUCACAGAUCCCGCAGACGACAAAUUCUUUUGAUGUUGUUGGCGGAUUCUAUUACUAUAAUUGUAUGUACGUUGCCGUUUUCAAUCUACACAAGCGUGACUUCAAAUGUGGUUAUAGAGGAUGACGAAGCUAAAUCUAUGGACCUUUUGAUUUAUUCGGCCUCGUUCUACCUUCUCUAUAUCAACAGGUGUGCUAACUUUUACCUGUAUUGUCUGAGCGGCUCGAGAUUUCGUUUUGCUCUAAAAUUUGUAUGUACGUAUAAACGAACGCUGACAAACUCGUACCGGAUGAGCAACAACGUUCAUUCAGCCCCGGAUACUCAGGUAGAUUGUCAAAUAAACUCCACUGGUGAAAUGGACAACCAGCAGCUGGACACGUAUGUCUGUAGGAUGUGCGAGGGGUGAAAAAUUAAUUCGUCCUCUUUGCAUCGUUCGAAUUAGUCAUGAAGACGAAAUCGCGGACAGGUUCAUCUUAACACUUAAUCAGUAAUGACAAGUAUAUUGUUACAUAUAUUGUGUAUUGAGAGUCCGUCCUACCUAUCAAUCACUACCGUGUGUCUGGGGUGAUUGAAUAUAGUUGGAAUAUUUGUCACUAUUUGUAUACCAUUGUCUUUUUAUAUUACAAUGCUAUAUAUUCCAUCAUAGAUGUGCCUAUUUUUAACAAUGUUCUUUUUCUUUCUUUAUAUCAUAACUUUGGGAUAAUCACUUAGCUAAUUUCCCCAAUACAUAUAUAUUCCUUAUUUCUCACUAUCUACAUAUCGAAAACAUAUCUAUUUGCUGGUCUCCUAUUGCAUUACUUAUAUCCGACAGCUUUUGGAUCUUAAUGAAUAUGUCCCGUUUUCGUCAAUAAUUGCAAAAACAACAUAAAACAAGUUAUUUCCUGGCAACCUUUGUAUAGAAACCUCUAUAUAUCUGACAUUUGAUAAAUUUACCUUGUUCGCAAGUUGUGAAUGAUUUAAAGAUGGGGUCAACGCCUAUGGAGAUUUAACAAUGACGCCGGCCUCCUCUCCAAUUUAUUUGAUUUUUUCACCAUUUUAGAUACAUGAAAAUAAGCAAUAAUCGUAUAAAGGAUUAAUCAUUAUAUCAACCGAUAGUCGUAGUGGACCUCCUUGCAUAACACCAAGUUGAGUGAAGGGGUACCCAAACAAAAUAGUUAAUGAUUUUCACAGGCUAAUGUAGAUUU